AUGAGUGUAAGAAGAAAUUCCGAUAAUACCAAGGAUCACUUGCAGUAUCACACUCCGCGUGGUAACAUCACACACAAAGUAGUCGUUGCCGAAAUCGACAGAGCACCACCCAUUCUUCCCAGAAACCCCAUCAACAACAUGCCCCACAAAUACCAGAACAAAGAAGGGCCCCGCGGCGGCCCCAAACUACCUUUAUUCGAAAGUCGAGAACUGCCUCAACGACGCAUCAACGCAAGGACAACCGGACCCGUCUCUCUAUACGAGUAUCCGAUCACCACUCCAAACAAGCCAUCAUUCAACUACGGCCGACCAACACUUGCGGAAGAAGGAAUUUCACCACACGAUCGAGCGAGGAGGCUCGAGCCAGAACAUCGGUUCAAUGAUGUAGGAUUUAUGAGGGGCGUGACGACUCCGGAUAAACAUGUUGUGGGUGCUAUUUAUCAUCCAGUGGGAGAUCGUGGAGGGUUUGCGCGUGCGGAACUCGAACCGCUGGAUCAUCAGGGAAGAGAACAUAAUCGGAUGCUUCAUGAUCGAGCGCAGCAUGUGCCACGAUCACCAACGUGGCCGACUAGAGGGGAGGGGAGGAAAUGA